AUGACCUCUUCUGGUAUUUCCAAAGGCCACGAAGCCGUGGAUGAGAAGACUCACCAUGUUAUUCCCGACUCUUCAUCUGGUGAACCGCAAAUCAAACAACACUACAACACCGUCAUCCGCGGGGAAUCUGUACUACCUUCAGACGAUCUAAAUGAUAAUAUUGUUGGUUAUGAUGGAAGACUUAUGGGAGCGCGGACUAGUUUGAGCAGUCAGCAGGAGAAGAAGUUGCUGCGACGAAUCGACUGGCAUCUCAUUCCUUUGCUUUCGGUUAUGUACAUGGUCAAGUCUAUUGAUGCAUCCAAUGUCUCGAAUGCUCGAAUUAUGGAUCGCGGAACACCGAGGAAUAUCAUGACGGAGUUGAACAUCUCGGCUGAUGAUUACAACUUUGUCACUAUGGCCUACUACAUAUCAUGGGGCAUCGUCCUCGUUUGUCACGCCGCAGUCAAGAACGCCGCAGGCUUGUAUACAGUCCGCGCUUUUCUUGGUCUCUUCGAGGCAGGACUCUGGCCUGGCAUGCUUCUGCAGUUAUGCUACUGGUAUCGCCCCGAUGAAAUGGCAUCGCGCAUCGUUCUUGUUACUAUCCUUGGUAACUUCAGUGCUGUUGUUAGCGGUGUUCUUGCUUUUGCGUUCAACGGUGUCCAUGCGCAGGGCUUGUCGGGAUGGAAAUGGCUCAUCUUGACAGAGGGAAUAUUCACUAUACUUCUUGGUAUAUUUGCAUAUAUCUUCAUGCCCGACUCUCGUUGGAUGUCCGAAGAAGAAAAGGCAUUCGUCCAAGCUCGACUACCCAUCAAUGCCCCCAGAGCUGCUGAGAAAGAUUUUGAUUGGAAAGAGUUCUGGAACACUCUCAAAGAUCACAAGCUCUGGCUGUUUCUUCUCUGCUGGGCAUUCUAUACCAUCGGAACGACGGGGCUAAACUUUUAUCAGCCGACGGUCAUUGCGAACUUGGGAUUUACGUACACAAUGAUGUGGCCAUGGAGAGUCCAAACCACAGACGGAGCUACCGGUUCAGCUUUUGCCAUCGCGUUUGCCAAUAGCUACGGCCAGAUUGGAGGAGCAGUUGGAUCCCAGUUGUUUAAUUCGCGCUUCGCACCUAGGUACACCACGUCGUUUGGAAUCGCGAUGGGAUUUAUUGGUAUGGCUAUUAUCAUGAAUGUUAUAACUUGGUCGUUUACUUGGAAAGUGGAUGUUGCGACGAGACGGCUUAAGAGGGCGAGGGAUGCUGCUGCGAAGAGGAAUGAGGCUAUUCUGGAUGAUGUUGACAUUCAUGCCAAGACCUAG